CCAGACACCUCCAGCAUGCCGCCCAAAUUCAACCCCAACGAGAUUAAAGUCGUGUACCUGAGGUGCACCGGUGGUGAAGUUGGCACCACGUCUGCCCUGGCCCCCAAGAUUGGUCCCUUGGGUCUGUCUCCAAAAAAAGUGGGGGAUGACAUUGCCAAGGCAACUGGUGACUGGAAAGGCCUGUGGAUCACGGUGAAACUGACCAUUCAGAACAGACAGGCUCAGACUGAGGUGGUGCCUUCUGCCUCUGCCCUGAUCAUCAGAGCCCUCAAGGAGCCGCCAAGAGACAGAAAGAAGCAGAAAAGCAUUAAACACAGCGGAAAUAUCACUUUUGAUGAGAUUGUCAACAUUGCCCGACAGAUGCGGCACCAGUCUUUAGCCAGAGAACUUUCUGGAACUAUUAAGGAGAUCCUGGGGACCACCCAGUCUGUGGGCUGCAACGUGGACAGUCGGCACCCUCAUGACAUCAUAGAUGACAUCAACAAUGGUGUUAUAAUUAAUAGGAUGUUUAAUCUAUUGAGAAUAGGGAUCCAGUUUAGAGAACAAGGAUCCAGUUUAAAGAGCAAAGAUUUUACCCCAAUUCUUCUACCUCCGAAUGGCAGGAUGUUGGGAGACAGGCAACUCUUUGAAAACUCAUUUUACCUACAGGCAAAAUACGGAUAA